AUGAGCGCUUUGAGUCUCGAAAGUGUUGAGACAAUUAUCGGAAGUGAUUUGCGGACGGAUGUCAGCACGAGACUCUGUGAACGGAUCGCUUUUCUCAUUUAUCAGGACUCCAGUUUCGGUCUCGUUCCGGUCCGUUUCCCGACUGUUUCUCGUCCAUUUCGGUUAUUUUCAGAUCGAGUCCUCCUCUUCGAAAAUCCUUUCCAACAUUAACCGCUUAUGCAAAACGAGUCUCCGUUCCGGUUUCCCCCUCGGUAAUCUUCUUAUUUUUGUCCACCGUAAUCCAUCGAAAGUGCCACGUCGCAGCUCGUUACUAUUUCGAAAAGCGAGUCAACAAACACUUGUUUCCGUGCGCCAAAAACAUUCGAACGGACACGUAUUUGCUCACUGCGGCCUUUCAAUUUCGGCUCCCUUUCCCUGUCGGGUUUUGUUUCGAAAAGUUUCGAUGAAGAAAUGUCUGCGUCUCUCGCCCUCGUUUCAAUGCACUUUGUGCAAAAGAAACCAAGUACAAAGCACUUUGUUCCGUUUAAUCGGAGGCACUUUGUGAGGGGGCGAAAGAAGACGGGAAGCGACGGGAAUUCGCACUUGAGAUCUGGAACGCAUUUGAGAAUUGUCAUUUCAGAUGGAGAGACGUUUGUUGGUCGAUCGGAAGAUCCGAACAUCCUGAAUCACACGAGGGAACGCAUUCUGAGUGCCACGUUGAUGUCGACCCCAAAAGAAGGUCUUACAGGAUUUCAAGAAAGAAUUUAUUUGAAUUUCCCACAGAUUUACCGCUCGCUCUGGCAUCUUUUGCGCCCGAUUAUCCGUCAACUGCCACUUUGGCACAGAAACUUCUAAAUAACGAUGAGCGAUUUCUGACAAAUCUCCUUAUCCUUCUGCCGUUAAUCGAGACACUACCGUAUAAUUAUCUCUUCUGUUUUCGUCUCGAAGUAUGAUUUUUUCAGUGCUGACUCAGUUUUCCAUCCAGUGUCCGUCUUUCUCGAAGCAAUGGGCUUGAUCGGUUAUGAUUGCGAGGUGCUCAUCGAUUGGCUCAAUUCAGAACUCGCAGCUUCUUCCCUCCUUCUCCGAGUUCUGAAAUCAGCAUGCAAUGACAAAACGAAGGGAUUCUGGAGAAAUUAUGCGCCAAGGUACUAAUAUUCAAGCAGCAGUUCAUCUGAAAAUUUUAGUUUCAGGAAAGUAGAUCAGAGUGCGACAGUUACCAAAUGGAAAGAAGAACUCGUUUCCAGUGGCAGUCCGUCGGUUUCUCUCGAAAUAAUCGAGAUUGUUGGUGACCAGGAGAUGGCAAAAACGUUGGAAUUAAAAGGAAAUGUGAUCCGAAAAGUGAAAUGCUCGGAGCCGGUGUCUCUACAGAAUUCGGGCUCGUUCAGUCGAUGGAUCGAUACGGUCACCGAAUUGAAAGGCCGUUUACGGAGGCUCCUUGCUGCUAAGCUUGUUGCCAAAAAGUUCGAUGUUCUACUGAAAUGGUGCGAUACUUUUUGUGCAUUAUUCGUGAAGAAAUGA